CUCAGUGAGCGAGGCGCACAUUAUACUCUGAGCUGGAGAGAAGAGGACGCGCCGCUCCUCUCCAUCACAUUUCACUUUCCAAACACUGACGGGAGAACAAAGGAGCCACCAUGUAGAGUCCGCCAGGUAACGCUCGCAUUUUUUUGUCGGAUCAGAACCCUUUUUCUUCUUCUAAGUGAUCACUGACAGCGCGGCUUAGGAAGGGUGUCCGCGGCAGUUUAUCGAUCCAUCCAUCCUGGAGGAGACGCGCUGCUCGUUGGAUGGAUGCGGGCUCCCGCCGUCUCUCUCUCUCUCUCUCUCUCUCUCUCUCUCUCUCUCUCUCUCUCUCUCUGACACCUGCGGACUCGGUGUUCAUUAAAACUCUCGUGUUUCGGCUUUAAGGGGACUUCAUCUUCAGUUCUGUGGGUGCUAGUUCCUUCUGAGAGCAGUGACAUCUAAAGGAAGCCUUCGUCCAACCUUCUCCUUCGUAAUGGCAACAGGAGUAGCAGCAUGGCUUCCUUUUGCCAGGGCUGCGGCCAUUGGCUGGAUGCCCGUAGCCACCUGCCCCAUGCCCGUCGCCCCGAGAGACAACAGCAAAAAACAAGAUGAGCUGAUCAUCCUCAAUGUCAGCGGCCGCCGUUUUCAAACUUGGAGAACGACUUUGGAUCGAUACCCUGACACCUUGUUGGGCAGCUCAGAGAAGGACUUCUUCUACAACGAGGAUACUAAGGAGUAUUUCUUUGACCGAGACCCCGACGCCUUCAGGAGCAUCCUCAACUUCUACCGAACGGGAAAGCUCCACUACCCGCGCCAUGAGUGCAUCUCGGCCUACGAUGAGGAGCUGACGUUCUUCGGCAUCAUACCUGAGAUCAUCGGUGACUGCUGCUAUGAAGAGUACAAGGACAGAAAGAGGGAGAACUUGGAGCGUCUGCAAGAUGACCAGGAGGAGAAUAAGGACCUGAAGCUGCCCAACUUGAACUUCAGAGAGACUAUGUGGCGUGCCUUUGAGAAUCCCCACACCUCCACCUUGGCGCUGGUCUUCUACUAUGUCACCGGCUUCUUCAUUGCCAUCUCAGUCAUCACCAACGUGGUGGAGACCGUGCCCUGCAGUUCUACCACCAACCAAAAAGACAUGCCCUGCGGUGAACGCUACACCGUGGCGUUCUUCUGCAUAGACACCGCCUGCGUCAUGAUAUUCACCGUGGAGUACCUGCUACGCCUGUUCGCUGCACCCAGCCGCUACCGCUUCAUGCGCUCCGUGAUGAGCAUCAUCGACGUGGUGGCCAUCUUGCCGUACUACAUUGGGCUUGUGAUGACCGACAACGAGGACGUGAGCGGCGCCUUUGUGACUCUGCGGGUUUUCCGAGUGUUUCGCAUUUUCAAGUUCUCCCGCCACUCCCAGGGUCUUCGAAUCCUGGGCUAUACGUUGAAGAGCUGCGCCUCGGAGCUGGGCUUUCUCCUCUUCUCACUCACCAUGGCCAUCAUCAUCUUCGCCACAGUCAUGUUUUAUGCAGAGAAGGGCUCCAGCUCCACCAAGUUUACCAGCAUCCCAGCUUCAUUCUGGUACACCAUUGUCACCAUGACUACAUUAGGGUAUGGAGACAUGGUUCCAAAGACUAUUGCUGGAAAGAUCUUUGGCUCCAUCUGUUCCCUGAGUGGCGUGCUGGUGAUCGCUCUGCCCGUCCCCGUCAUUGUGUCCAACUUCAGCCGCAUCUACCACCAGAACCAGAGGGCGGACAAACGUCGAGCUCAGAAGAAAACCAGGCUGGCCAGGAUAAAAAUUGCCAAGUCGGGCAGCGCCAACGCCUUCCUCCAGAGCAAACACAACGGACUCCUUAACGAACUGCUGGAGCUGACGGGUUCAGAAGAGGAUGAGCAGAAGCUGAUAAAGUCCACGUCUCUGUUAGAGAGCCAACACCACCACCUGCUGCACUGUCUGGAGAAAACUACAGCCCAUGAGUUUGUGGACGAGCAGGUGUACGAGCAGAACUGUUUGAAAACAGCAUUGCAGACCUAUCCAUCACAUAGUCCGUCGAUAGCGAGCCACGACAGUCCUGCAGUCAGCUGCUGCUGCACAAGUGGAAAGAAAAACACUCCGCUGCCCAACGCCAGCCUGUCCCCCGCAAACCCGGUCCCGUCACACCGAGGCCCGCCACAGGAGCUCUGCGCCCUUCACAUACAGGCCAGUGACCCAAUGUCACAAAUAAGCAGCCGUUCAAACCUCAAUUUGAGAACUAAUGAGAGCAACAGGGUCAACUGCAAAAGCGGCCGCAUCACCACAGCCAUCAUCAGCCUCCCCACACCUCCUGCUUUAACCCCGGACGCCGACGGCCUCCACGGGCCGCCGCAGAGGAGGCCACCGCCGCCUCUGGGUCCCAGCAUCCAGACCACAACAAGCUCAGCUGGCACCAACAUCGUCAAAGUCUCAGCUUUGUGAUUCCCAGCCGGUCCGAUCCAAACUUUACUCAGCAGGAAGCAGAGAAGGGACAGAGGAGGUAACACAACAGUUGUUGCUUGAAUGCACUGUGCCCCCUGCUCACAGUGUCAGCGAUCACAGAGCUCUGCUGCCAGAAUCGUGGAGACGUCAAUGGUGAACUUCAGAAAUUCGAACUGAGAAUGUCGCACUUGUCAUUUUUGAGUAUGUACUGUAGAUUUGGAGAGACUUGCUGCAUUUCUAGUAGUUUCUAAACGCAGAUGUCUUUCAGGUUAAAAAAAAAAAAAAGAAAGAACAAAAGUUGUGCAGUUAGAGUCUCAACACAGGCUGACAACAUGCCGCAAACUGUAAGGUUAAAAUGAAGUCAUCACAAUAAUAUCUGUUGGCUUUAAAUAUUGAAGACAGAUAAAUAUGUUGAUUGUGUUUCCUGUAAUUUUAUUGCUCUUGUUUGUGCUUUGUGUUGUUGUGUUGAAGUACUUUUGGGAUCAGAGACGCAUUGAACAUUUCCUUUAGUCUUUGACUUCACUUUUCCCAAAACUGCCGAAUGUCAAAAGAAAUGUGCGGAGAAUUAAAACUGUGACUUUGUGUUGCUAAAUGCUGAAAUCUACCCAGGAGUUUUAGUUAGAGGUUCUGGCUGUUUAAGGGACUCGUCCCAGUCGAGUGGCUGUCAGACUCACGACGAAGCGUGUAAGACAGUGUUAUGGUAUACAAUGCUGAGAAAAAGUUUCUGCCCCUUAACAGAUCUCUUCUAUUUUUGCUAUUUAAACACAUCUCAAAAACAAAGAUAACAUGAGUAAAUAGGAAAAACAAUUGCCGCCUAAACAUAAUUGCUGUCUGUGCCACCCUUGGCAACAACUACUGCCUACUGGGAGAAACCUUGGUUUUCAGAAGUAUUUUAAUUCAGCCACAUUGGGGUUUUCUUUAAGCAUGAAUUUACCUAUUUAAGGUGAUGCCAAAGCAUCUGAAAAGGAUUUAAGUUGGGUUAACUAUGUCAGUCCUAUACCUUAAUUUAGUUUUUUGUUGUUUUUUUAUGAGCAAUUCAGCUCCCAAGCAAGGUGGAGUUUAAGGCUGCAUGGCAUUCUGCUAAAAAAAAACAGAUUUCAUCUUUCCAUCCAUUAUGGCAAGUCAUAAUGGAUCUCUCUUAUCAGUCCACGGAAUAUUUUUCUAAGUCAAGAUGAUCAUUUAGAUAGUUUUUUUCUUUCUUUUUUAGCUGAUAAGAUGGGCCCUUGCAAUGUUUUUGCCUUAAAACUCUUCCAUGGAUAUCAAUUGGAGUUAGGUUUUUUUUUAAUCAUAAACUCUGACCCUAACUGAGUUAAGGGAGGUCUGCAGUGCUUUGGAUUUGGGCGAGUUGUCUGUGCUCUUUGAGGAAUUUUGGUAGUUGAGGCAUGAUGUGUCGCUUUUUGAGGAUCUUUUAGCUUUUCUGCUACUUCAUGUUCUAUCAACGUGAUUUUUCGUUCCCAUAGGUCUGGCAGUAAUCGGGCAUGCGUGUGGCUUUUGAAAUUUAACAGUUUCCCAAAAAAGGGGGUCAUGGUUUAACAAAGGGGUCAGUUACUUUUAGACUUUCACACGAGGCCAGGUCGUUUUGGAUCACUUGAUAUAUAAAUCGUAAUUUCAAAAUGCCACUUUCUAUUUGCUGAGGUUAUCUUUGUCUGAUUUUAUCAAAAAAAGUUUUCACAAUUCAAAACGUUUAGAUGUGACAAAAGAUAUUUUAAAACCUACAGAAGAAAUCCACAUAGGGGACAAUACUAUUUCUAAGCAGUGUAGCUCUUUUUUGACGAAUGUUUCAUACAUUUGUAAGAAAAUUUUAAAAGGGAAAUAUGGGAUAAAAAUAUUUUAAAGGUGCAAAAAGCUGUUUAUGCAAUUAUUCUUACAAAUUAUUGUUCUAAGAUAACUAAACGAUGAUCAGCAGCGAUCCACAAAUUUUUAAAAAGAAUGUACCAACUUGUUGAUCUGAUUUGUACUCUCAAAUGAAUAUGUGAAUGUGAGAUUGUGGAUUAUUACCAACCUGGCAUACAUAGAAAUACGAUUAUAUAAUCUUAUGUAAAUCAGAGGGAAAUCUGACAUGAAUGUUUAUGUGAACUUUUUCAAUCUUUAUGUCUUUUUUAACCUUUAAAGUCAAAGCACCAAGACCUGCAAAGUGAACAUAAAGGAAUCUCUGCAGGAGGUGAGAACAAUCUGGAAAAAAUUCAGAGGCAACGUUUUUCAUUUUUUGCAGUGACACAAAUGAUACAUUUUGUGACUUCAGCAUUUCUGCUUGUUUCUGUAAUGUGCUGAAAAGUAACUUACUGCAAUUUCAUGUUUAUGUUUUAAGAGCCAGUGUCCACAGAGUUUUCUUGCAGUUCUCUCACCCCUGCUGGAUGCCUACUGCUGAUCAAAAUCCUGACUUUUGAUGAGCCAUUCUCUAAUUAGUGCUUAAUGUUGAUGGCUUCUUGCUAUCCAUUAAUUUAUGUUCUGGGCUUUAUACUCCAUCAUGCUGAAAGAAAUACAUAUAACAUCACCAAAACGUGCCUGGAUUGCUGGAAGAAGUUACUUAUGGAGGACAUUUUAUUACAAUUCUUUAUUCACAGUAGUGCUUUCAUCAGGACUGCAAAAAAGCCCACUUCCUGGGUGACAAGUGCCCACACACAGAUUGUCAGGAUGCUUCACUGUGGGCACAACACAGCACUCCAGGUGGCUUUCGCUGAUUUUCCAGAUGUCCCAAACAAUGUGUUGCAGAACAUUUAACAGAACGUAAUUCUGAACCUGUCUUUUGCUGAUAUAUUUUGUAUUUUGCUGAUUUUUAGUCUUUCUGAGAUGUUUAUCUUGAACAGAAGUGGCAACAAGAGAUGAUUCUGGUGCUUGUUGGACAGUAGUGGAUGUCCUGAAACCUUGACUAUACUGCCAAACCUCUCAGAAGAGAGUUCUUGAAGAUCCAGAAACCAAUUCUUUUAAAUGCAAAACUCUCAAUUUUCCUGCACGUGGGAAAAUUUUCAUUCAAUUCAAUUUUAUUUAUAUAGCGCCAAUUCAUGAAACAUGUCAUCUCAAGGCACUUUCC